AUGUACUUGCCGCCCAGUCAGUUGUGGUUGGGAGUGUACUUUAGGCUAAGUCAAGAGUUCACUGAAUUCCUGGCCUGGAUCAGUUCGGAAGGAAGGGAGGCCGAUGUUUUUAUCCAGCAUAUCCCGGGUUACCUGACGUUGCAGUGCCAGAACGAUGAUAUACUUGGCAUCACUCUCAUUUUGCAAUGGCUACCGAACGCAGCUCUGGAAAAAAAUCCGGCAAGGUGA